AUGCAUCUUCUCCGUCCUUUUGUUCUCUCUGUGCUCCUUUUCGUCACCCUGCACGCACCCUCGCCCUCCGCCGCCGCAGACACGCUCCGACGCGGCCAUGCACUAGCCGGCAGUGAGAAGCUUGUCUCGGCCAAUGCCAAGUUCGCGCUCGGCUUCUUCCAAACAGGGAGCUCGUCCUCGUCCUCUAAAAACACCCUCAAUUACUCCUACCUCGGCAUAUGGUUCAACAAAGUCCCCGUGCUGACCCCUGUGUGGACAGCCAACAGGGACAAUCCGGUCUCCAAUUUCACUUCGCCGGAGCUCAUCAUUUCCGGCGACGGCAACAUGGUUGUCUUAGCUCAGGGCACCACCAUCUGGUCUACCCGGGCAAACACAGCAACCAACGACACCGUCGCUGUGCUCUUGGGCAAUGGCAACCUUGUCCUACGGAGCUCCUCCAACUCUUCGCUCACAUUCUGGGAAAGCUUCGACUACCCGACAGACACAAUGCUAUCCGGUGUAAAGAUUGGAUGGAACAAGGCCACCGGCUUGAACCGCCGACUUGUUUCGAGGAAGAAUUCCAUUGAUCUAUCUUCAGGUGUAUACUCCUCGAGGAUGGACCACGAUGGGGUUGCCAGGAUGCUAUGGAACUCAUCUGUUGUGUAUUGGUCUAGCACGUGGAAUGGUAGAUUCUUCAGUUCGGUACCAGAGAUGUCUGCAGGUUCUGGCCCUAUAGCCAAUUAUACCUUCGUCAACAACGACCAAGAGCUUUACUUCACCUACAACAUAUUUGAUGAGAGCAUAAUCAUACACACUAGGCUACAUGUCUCUGGACAAAGCCAAUGGCGCAUUUGGACCGGGCAGGAUUGGAUGACAGUGAACAACCAGCCAGCACAUCACUGUGAUGUGUAUGCUGUCUGUGGCCCUUUCAUGGUCUGCACUUCUAGUGCAGAUCCUUAUUGCAGUUGCAUGCAUGAAGGGAUUCUCUGUGAGAUCACCUGCGGAUUGGGAGAUAGAGGACAGAACAGGAGAAAUGGGAAGUGGUCUAGACCCGUAGUAGACAAUGAUAAAGGUAGUGUUGGCAUAAUUGCAUUCAAAUAUUCUGACUUGCAAGAUGCAACAAAAAAAUUCUCGGAGAAGCUAGGCGCGGGUGGUUUUGGUUCUGUAUUUAAGGGAUGCCUAAGUGAGCCGAUUGUCAUAGCAGUGAAAAGGCUCGAUGGAGCUCGACAAGGAGAGAAGCAAUUCAGGGUAGAAGUAAAUUCAAUUGGAAUCAUCCAACAUAUAAAUUUAGUCAAAUUGAUUGGAUUUUGCUGUGAAGGUGAUAGGAGGUUACUCGUGUAUGAGCACAUGCCAAAUGGCUCCCUGGAUUCUCAUAUAUUCGAAAGUUACGGUACAACUUUAGAUUGGAACAUUAGAUACAAAAUAGCAAUUGGAGUUGCUAGAGGUCUAGCAUACUUGCACCAUGGUUGUCGAGACUGCAUCAUACACUGUGACAUCAAACCACAGAACAUACUUCUGGAUGCAUCAUUUGUUUCAAAAAUCGCAGAUUUUGGGAUGGCAAAGUUUCUCGGGAGGGAUUUCAGCCAUGUUGUGACUACAAUGCGAGGAACUGUUGGAUAUCUUGCUCCAGAAUGGAUAAGUGGAACACCUAUUACUCCCAAAAUUGAUGUUUAUAGCUAUGGGAUGGUCUUGCUAGAGAUCAUAUCUGGAAAGAGGAACUCUAUUCAACAUUCAUCUAGUGAUAUUGAAGGCCAAGGAGACUAUUUACCUGUGCAAGUUGCACACAAGCUUCUCCAUGGAGACAUUUUGAGAAUUGUGGAUGCAAACUUGCAUGGCGAAGUGAACAUGGAGGAAGUCGAAAGGGUUUGCAAAAUCGCAUGUUGGUGCAUCCAAGAUCGUGAGUUGGAUCGGCCCACAAUGAUUGAGGUGGUACAAUUUCUCGAGGGAAUAUGUGAACCAGAAAUUCCUCCAAUGCCAAUGCUACUCUACGCUUUUGCCGUAGGCGGCUCAUAUCAGGGGGAGUGUAAUAUGUAG